AUGGAAGAAAAUAUUGAACAAGAAGAAACAAUUCGACGUCAAUGGUGGAGAAAAUAUAAUGAAAUAAAACAAUAUUUACCAUAUGGAACUAAUUUAAUAUUAGCUUGGCAACAAUGGGAUUAUAUGAAUAGAUCGAAUUUAUUAAAAGAAUUUAUCCUUUAUGAAAAAAGAAAAUAUACUCAAAGAUUAAAUAUAAAAUCAAAACAAAUCAAUGAUUUAGUCAAACUAAGCCAGAAUAUGAAUGAGCCAUUGCAUCGGCCAAUAAUGCUACCUGUUGAACCGACUGCUCGUCAUUUGCUUUAUCAUGGAGUAACACAAGAUAAUUCUAUAAUAGACUAUAGUACUGGACGGCAAACAUAUCUGAAGUUACGUAAACGAUUAGCACCAAAUGAAAAGUACUAUUAUCCGAUAACAUCAUCUAUGGAUAUUACUUGGUGUAUAGAAGAUUCCAAUACACGAAAUAAUGAUAAAAUGCAUAUAUAA